UUGACUUCCUGUUCCUCUCGUGCAGGCAGCAGAAAGAAGCAGAGUGUGAUUUGUCAGCAGAGUGAAAACAAUGGAUGCCAAAUUUCAGCGUGUGGCAUUAAAUGACGGACACUCCAUUCCUGUGCUGGGACUGGGCACCUAUGCACCUUCUGAGGUUCCUAAGAGUAAGGCUACAGAGGCUACCAAAAUAGCUAUAGAUGUUGGCUUCCGCCACAUUGAUGCUGCUUAUCUGUACCAAAAUGAAGAGGAAGUCGGUCAGGCCAUCCGCAGCAAGAUUGCAGAUGGCACUGUGAAGAGAGAAGACAUAUUCUACACCUCAAAGCUUUGGUGCACUUUCCUCCGACCGGAGCUGGUCCGACCAAGCUUGGAAAAGUCACUGAAAAAACUUCAGCUGGACUAUGUUGAUCUCUAUAUCAUUCAUUUCCCAGCAGCUCUGAAGCCUGGGGAGGACUUAUUACCAAGAGAUGAAAAUGGAAAAGUAAUAUUUGACACCGUAGAUAUCUGUGCCACCUGGGAGGCCAUGGAAAAGUGCAAGGAUGCAGGAUUGGCCAAAUCCAUUGGGGUGUCCAACUUUAACUCUAGGCAGCUGGAGAAAAUCUUGAACAAGCCAGGGCUGAAGUAUAAACCCGUGUGUAACCAGGUGGAAUGUCACCCUUAUCACAAUCAGAGAAAACUGCUGGAGUUCUGCAAGUCCAAGGACAUUGUUCUGGUUGCCUAUGCUGCAUUAGGUUCCAACACAAACAAGCAAUGGGUGAAGAAGGACAACCCAGUUCUCCUAGAGGAUCCUGUACUAAAUGCCAUGGCUGAGAAGUACAGGCGCACUCCAGCCCAGGUAGCUCUACGCUACCAACUGCAGCGAGGCAUAGUGGUCCUGGCCAAAAGCUUCAACAGGAAAAGAAUGCAAGAGAACUUCCAGGUUUUUGACUUCCAGCUGACAUCAGAGGACAUGAAAACUAUUGAUGACCUGGACAGAAAUAUCCAGUAUUUUGGUGGAUCUACUUCUGAAAAUUCUCCAGAUUUGGAUGACUGAUGACUACAAACACUAUGUUUGCCCCAAGAUUCUUGGAUUCCGACUAAAGAAUAGAGAGGUUUUCAGGAAUCGGAAAGUAUCUGAUUGACU